AUGGCCACGGGCGGCCGGACCGAGGAAGACGGUGUGAUGUCCACCCUCGGCGUAAAGAAUUCAUUCCUCCACCUGAGUGCUAUCGACUCUGGGGCACAGAAGACGAGAGCUUCCUCUCAUCCCCCUAAUCGGAGAUCGCUUGGAGCCUCGCCUCAGCUCACGAAUGCGCUGGCCGCGGAGGUCGCAGAGAUCUACGGAAGAGACAUGGAGCUCCCGCGCAUCUCGAGGGCGAACACCGAAGAGAGCCGAUGCCGAUCUCCUGUCAGGGAAGAGGCCACGGAGGCCAAAACCGGAAGUGUUCAGGCAGAGACCCCUGUGGACCAGACCUCGAUGGUGCUGCGGAACAUCCCGAAGGACUUGAACCGCACCGGUCUCUGCAGCUUGCUAGACCUGCACGGGUGCUUUGAAACAGCCAACUUCAUCUAUCUCCCUGCACGGUUCAAGGACGGUCUCUCUCUCGGUUAUGCAUUCAUCAAUUUCCAUACGCCAGAGGCUGCCAUGGAGUUCCAGCGCAAGUUCCAUGGCAUGCAGCUGCACCCGCCUGGAGCCGUGGGUUGCGCAAAUAGCGCUCCUAAGCCCAUGGUGGUGCAUCCGAAUGUUCGCAUGAGGAGCUUAGAAGAGCUUCUGCACCGGUACAAGAACAGCCCCAUCCUCCAUCCCGACGUGCCCGAGCGCAUGAAGCCCUUUCUGCUGGACCAUGGGAAGCCUAUGCCCUUCCCCCCGCAGACAGAGCAUGUGGAGUCUCCAGAGUGGCUUCGACCCCGUCAUCGUCAUCCACCUGGACCACUUCGACAG